AGCACAUGGCACAUGCAUGCGUUUGUUUAUGUCCAGAAAAGUUGCACGAAAUAGUAAAGUUGUCGAAAUGUUUUUGAAAUAAAAUCAUGUCUGAGAAAACAUUGCUGUCACAUUUUUGGGAUCUGGCAUCGACGAAUGAGAAGAUACGUAUUGAUGCUGGUGUAACCUUGAUACAGUAUCUACGAUCGCCAAAAAACGAACAGGCAAUUGAGAAUGAUAGUACCACUGAAGAAAGGCUUGAUGACUUAAGCUAUACAUUGAAAAGACUUAUUAAAGGUUUAGCUUCAUCUAGAAAGGCAGCAAGACAAGGCUUUGCAAUGGCUUUGACUGAAAUAGUUUUGAUGUUUGAUACUAUUACUGUUGAUGAUAUCAUAAACUUGAUUAAAGAGUCAUUAACUGUCACAAAAACAUCCUCAAGUCAGGAAGAAAGGGAUGCUUAUAUUGGUCAAAUUUUUGGGCUGGUUGCUCUUGGGAGAGCAAUUUGUCUUGCAAAAGACAAUAACAACAAAAAACUGCAAAGAUCCUCCAUAAAACUUGUGAUUGAACGAAUAAAAGAGGUGUUGGCGAAGAAAAGCUAUCUUCAGGAAACAUGUUAUAGAGCUAUUGUUGAUAUAAUUACAAUGUUGAACUUUAGUGAAUUUGAAGAAUAUGUUAUGCCAAUUUUGGAAAAUGAAAUAAAAUGUGUCGCAGGAAAAUGCACUCCAGAUUCCCUGGUCCUUAUUUUGGCCAGUUGGAGAUUGUUCAAGGAUGAUAUUGGAAGAAAAACAUUCAAGAAAUCUUGGGCAAGCUGCCAUCUUGAUGCUAUCGAUAACUAUUUACUCUUUGCUAAAAUUUUACAGAAUGCCCACACUUCACAUCCAAGAGUUCACAUUGUGUGGGACGAAGUUCUUAAUUUAGUUCUGAACUCUUCAAGAUCUGAUUUUGAGAAAUUUUGGAUGACAGUAGUUGAUGAAAAUCUCUUCCAAUCUUCUCAUGAAAGAAAGUUUAUGGGUUUCAAAGUGCUGGAAAAGGUUUUGCCAAUACUUUCCUCAGAACAGGUUGCAAUUGUUUUUAGUCCACAACUCAUGCAUUGUCUUUUCAAUUCUCUGGGUCAUGACACAAAUUAUUUAUAUCCUGCGAUCAAACAGAUGAUUGAAGGACUUGCCAACAUGAUAAUAGUAAAUGGGAAGCAGGAACUAAUUCCUCAAAUACUUAAACAGCUUCUUGGAAGAAAUAGUAACAUUUGUUUUGAUGCUGUCACAAAGACGAAGACUGUUGAAAAUCUUCUUUCAAAGUUGCAAUUACAAGACUUGCCUUCAUUCGUCUCAUGGUUAAAAGAAAUCUUCAUUGCUGGAACAUCUGACUUGAAGAAGGCAAGUGUUCCUGGUCAAGUGGAUAAAACUAGAGAAGGAGUUCUAGGAAUGUUUCUUUCAUUGGUGCGAUGUAAACAACUGGAACAUACUUCGUUGUGGGUUUUGGACGCUGUUUUCUUUGUCUUUGAGAAUGCUUAUUUUGUACAAACCAUUUCGCCGGCCAUUUCAAGUCGAACACGUUCUCUAUGUCAACAGCGCUUCAACAGUAUCCUAGGAGAACUAGCCUCCCUUACCGGAAAACAUACUGAAGUAAAGAGCAAAGAGGUGUCCAGCAAAGUUCAGACAAGAAAGUUCGGUUAUGCAGAAGAUGACCGCUUGUGGAUUUCUCACAUUAUGCAACACGCGAAGAAUCUUUUGAGAAAUCCAGAAAAAGAAGUAAUUGAAGAGAGCUGGAAUGAUGAGGUUCAAGCUGUGUUUAUUAAAACUAUGAAGAUUGUUCGAAAGCUGGAAGACAAGUCCACUGACUUGACGCUUGAGAGCAGUGCUUUCACUCUGAUGUUUCUUUACGUUGGGGUUCAACUGUUUGGUGAGACACAGCAAGCUCAAGAGAUACUCGAGGAGCUGUUCCAUUGUUUUAAUAAAGUAAAGGCGCAAAUAUCUGACAAGCCACAAGAAAACGAGCCACAUUGGAUGGAUGUAGUGACAGAGAUCUUACUCAGUUUAUUGACAGAAACAUCAAACCUUCGUCGUCUGGUCGUUGGUCAAGUCUUCAAUAUCAUCGUUACACAUCUCACAUCAUCUGCGGUGAAAAUUAUUUUAGAGGCAAUUGAUCCGAGAAAUGGUUUAAACGAGGAUUCCGCUCUUCAAAUCGAAGAGAAUGAUGAAGACCAGGAAAUGAUUUCAGGCGAUGAAGAUGAUUCACAGGGGGGUGAUAAUGACGAAUCUGAGGAAGAGGAGACUAGCAGUGAUGAUGAUGAUGACGAUGAUGACACGAAGGAUUCUGUUGAUCCUUUGUUCAAAGUUGAUCUUCAAGCAGCUCUGGGAAACGCUCUGGCGAAUGAAGAUGAUGAUGAAAAGGAGGCUGAACAAUCUGAUAGUGAUCUUGAUGAUGACGCAAUGAUGAAAUUCGACGAGGCUUUAUCUGAAGUUUUUAAACAACAUCUUACGGCGAAGCAAGAAAAGAAGAAAAUGAAAGAUGCCAAGAAAUCUUUGCUGCAUUUCAAACUCAGGGUUUUGGAUUUGGUUGAGAUUAUCAUUAAGAAACAGCCAUCUACGGAUCUGAUACUGGAAUUGAUGCAACCAAUAUUAGAGAUAAUUCGUACAUGUUUAACUAAUAAAGAUUUUACAACUCUGGGCGAGCGCGCACAGGGGAUAUUCAAGAAUAGAUUGUGUGCAAUUAAAGAGCAUCCAAAACUUUCUCCUUCAAACGUCGAAAGCGUCCACUCGAAUAUUGAAAUCCUUUUGAAACAGGCGAUCAAAGCUCCUUCUGUCACCAUGGUUACGCUGAUGUCAACAGGAUGUUUAUUUCUGAUCCGUCAUCUUCGCGGAGCGAAGGAAUCAGACGAGAAACAAAAGAAAAUGAAAUAUAAUGAACAGGGAAACGAGUUUGUUCAUCUGGAUUUUUCACGAGUUUCAACGGCGUAUAGCGAAGCUCUAAAAGACUUUAUGAUACACAGAAACACCCACUUGCAUCCGCUGUUGUUUCAAGAACUGAUAAACAGAUACCCGAAAGUCGGCUGGGGGUUGGCCAAAGACUUGGUCAACUACAUCACACAGGGCAUUAAUAAUUUCCGAAAGAUACAAGCGUGUACGAUGUUAUCUCAACUUCUAAAUAGAAAGGUCUAUGGUCAAAACGAGAAUAUCAAAGCCAUAGCAAAACCAUUGCAAGAAGCUUUUCAUUCAACAUUCCUUCAACUUUCAUCUUCUCAUGCUGAAAUGAAAGCAAAACAUUUGAGACAGAUUUUGAAGCUGGUAUCGCAGUUUGUGAAGAUUUUGAAAGCUGACUCAGAGCUAUGGCCUUUGCUGGAGAAAAAAAAGAUGGAAGAGUCGUUGGACAUUGCCUUUCAAAGCAAGACAGCUGAAAGAGCUAAUGAUUUGAAGAAUUUGAUAAGUCGUUUGAAAGAUGAGAUUAUGAGGAGAAAUGAUGCUGAAAAUACGGGGAAGAAGACGAAAAGAAAAAGAAAAUGUAAACCUGGUGAAAGUAACAUGUCGGAUGAAACAUCAAAUAACGGACUUGAAAACUUCGAGAGCAAGGAUAGUGAGAUAACAGUUAUGAAGAAAAAGAAGCGCAAAGCAGACAAGGAAGACAGUUGAAGACUGAAGCUACCAUGGUACAUGUUGUACAGGCACUGCUACUUCGGGCAGGCAUCGUACAUGAUAUGAACUGUGUCACUGUGGAGAAGGCACAACUUUACCCCAUGGAUCAUAACCCUCUCCCCGUUUUAAUGGAAAAAUGGUACAGAAAAUCACAAAUUAAAUAAAUGAUUUUUUUGAGCUUA